AUGUCAGGGAAGAAACCCAGAGAGUUGAACAUAAAGCUGCUAUGCCCCUCCCUCUCGAAGGUGGCUCAAGUGGUGGCGUGGGAGGACCAGAGAAUCGACUUGGGCUUCAUUUCACGGGCCUUUGGGCUGGACCCAUCAUCGCUGAGGCUGAACGGUCACUUCAUCAGCAGAGGGGUGGACCUCAUCGCUUCCUCCCUCACUUGGAACUCUGUUCUCUCUUUCUUCUCCGCCAAAGGCUUGUCCACUGGCAAAGAUCAAUGUGAUGCUCUUGUCGUCACUGGCAAGCUCUGCAAAAUUGGACUCAAGCGACGACAUGACUCACUAAAUUUUCAAAGUGGGAUUGGCAAGAUUAUGGAAAAUGAGAAUGCUGGUAACAUUAAAGGAAUUCAACCGGAAGCUAUCAACUUGUUCAAGAGUAAGAAGUUGAAAGAGAGCACCUCAGCCACUGAACAGGAGAGGAUUCAAGCGGGUAAGAGACUCCUUGAAGCAAAGCGAAUUGCUGAAGAAAAUGAGAGAAAACGGAAUUUAGCCCUGAGAAAAGCGGAAAAAGAAGAAGAGAAAAGAGCUAGAGACAAAGUUCUACAGAAACUAGAGCAGGAUAAGAAUUUGAAUCCUGUUUACACAACUACAAAAGCUGAGCAGUUAAGAGAAUAUCUAAGGAAUCUUAAGCGUCACCAUCAGGGUGAGGGUGCCAGAGUCAGAAGAGCCUUUCGAACACUACUAAUCUAUGUUGGAAAUGUUGUCAAGAAUCCCAAGGAGGAAAAGUACAGGAAAAUCCGACUGAAUAACCCAUUAUUUCUGGAUAGAGUUGGAAGUUUAAGUGGUGGUGUAGAGUUUCUUGAGCUAUGUGGUUUUGAGAGAGGUGGUGACUUCUUGCAUCUUCCUGAAGAAAAGGUUGACAUGGCACUGCUGAAUUCAGCUGGUUUUGUCUUAAAUUCUGCAAUUACAAACCCUUUCUUUGGACUUUUAAUGAGAAAACAUCAUUCUUUGACCCUAAAUCUCUUCAAAACGCCGGAGAAAUUUUUCUUCCAUGGCGGAAUCUCUGUAGUAACCAGCCCGCGCGCCCACACACACAGUGACUCACUCACUGCGCAUUUCCAGACGCACGGAAGGGAAACAAUCGAUGACUCUGUGACGGACGCAGCCCGAAAGUUAGAAACCCUAAGCCCCUGUCGCUGGACCGCCGCCUUGCUUCACCUUCUCUGCUGUGGUCUGAAGCUCUCUUCUGUCGUGCUGCACUCGCUGCUUCAUGCACGUUUUCGGCGUUCAAUGUUCUAUCUCAGUAAAAUCGAACACAAAUUGCCCCUGCCACCUACUCGUCUUGUUCUUCCCAUUCGAGAAGCUAUACACAUGGAGCUUGAGAAACUUUUCUUAGAUAAGGUUAUAGCAAACUUGGGCCUUUGCAUUUCUGUCUAUGAUAUCAGAUCCAUUGACGGUGGGUUUAUCUUUCCCGGUGAUGGGGCUCCAACCUAUACGGUUGUGUUCAAUAUGGUCAUGUUUCGUCCAUUUGGGGGGGAGAUUAUUACUGCUAGGCUUCUUUCAUCUGAUUCUGAUGGCUUGCGAUUAACUCUUGGAUUCUUUGAUGAUAUUUAUGUCCCUGCACAUCAUAUGCCCUACCCAAAUCGCUUUGUGGCGGAUGAACAAGGAAAGAGGAAAGGCGAUUGGUAUUGGGAUUUUAAUGAACAAGAAUAUCCUAUUCAAGAAUCAGAUGUGAUCAAAUUUCGAGUUCAAAAUGUGAGUUAUCCGCCAAUUCCGGUUGAGCAACCGAAAGAGUCAAAGCCAUUUGCACCUAUGUUGGUUACUGGAUCGUUAGAUCAUGAUGGUCUAGGCCCUGUAUCUUGGUGGUUGGAAUAG